UUGUGUGCUCUCACUGGUCAUGAAACGCGUACGCACAGAGCAGAUUCAGAUGGCAGUGUCCUGCUACCUCAAGCGCCGUCAGUAUGUGGACUCAGAAGGUCCCCUAAAACAAGGGCUGAGGCUGUGUCAGACUGCUGAAGAGAUGGCAGCUAAUCUCACAGUCCAAUCUGAAUCUGGUUGUGCCAACGUCGUGUCUGCAGCUCCCUGCCUGCCGGAGCCACAGCAAUAUGAAGUACAAUUUGGACGGUUACGCAAUUUUCUCACAGAUUCAGAUUCUCAGCACAGCCAUGAAGUGAUGCCUCUUCUGUAUCCCCUCUUUGUCUACCUCCAUCUGAACAUGGUCCAGAAUGGCCUAAAAAGCACAGUGGACAGUUUUUACAGCCGCUUCCAUGGCAUGUUCUUGCAGAAUGCCAGCCAGAAGGAUAUCAUUGAGCAGUUACAGACUACCAUGACUAUUCAAGAUAUCCUGUCCAACUUGAAGCUCCGGGCUUUUCUGGACAACAAAUACGUCAUCCGCCUUCAAGAGGACAGCUACAACUACCUUCUUCGCUACCUCCAAAGUGACAACAACAACGCCCUGUGCAAAGUCCUGACCUUGCACAUCCACCUGGACGUGCAGCCCUCCAAGAGGACCGACUACCAGCUCUACGCCAGUGGGAGCUCCUCGCGUAAUGAGAGCAACGGGCUGGAGCCCAGCGAGGUGCCAGCUUCCAUCUUGCAGAAUGAGGCAGCGCUGGAAUUACUGCAGGACAGCAUUAAACGCGUCAAGGAUGGGCCCCCUUCCUUAACAACCAUCUGCUUCUAUGCCUUCUAUAACACAGAGCAAUUGCUGAAUACGGCAGAGAUUUCACCAAAUAGCAAGCUGCUUGCUGCUGGGUUUGAUAAUUCAUGCGUUAAGCUGUGGAGCCUGCGUUCCAAGAAGUUAAAAUCUGAGCCCCAUCUUGUUGAUGUGUCCCGCAUCCGCCUGGCUUGUGAUAUCCUGGAUGAGGAGGAGGAAGAGGAUGACAGCGCAGGCACAGAAAUGAAAAUCCUGAGAGGACACUGUGGGCCUGUGUAUAGCACCAGGUUCCUUUCAGACAGCUCAGGACUUUUGUCUUGUUCUGAGGACAUGUCCAUCAGAUACUGGGACCUCGGAAGUUUCACAAACACUGUGUUGUACCAAGGACAUGCCUACCCUGUCUGGGAUUUGGACAUCAGUCCCUGCAGCCUGUACUUUGCCAGCGCCUCCCAUGAUCGCACCGCAAGACUCUGGUCGUUUGAUCGGACGUACCCUCUGCGAAUAUAUGCAGGCCAUUUAUUGGAUGUAGACUGUGUCAAGUUCCACCCCAAUUCCAACUACUUAGCGACAGGCUCCACAGACAAGACUGUGCGCUUAUGGAGCACUCAGCAAGGCAACUCGGUGCGCCUGUUCACUGGGCAUCGUGGCCCCGUGCUGGCACUUGCGUUUUCUCCCAAUGGUAAGUACCUGGCCUCGGCGGGCGAAGACCAGCGGCUAAAGCUGUGGGACUUGGCUUCAGGAACUCUCUACAAAGAACUGAGGGGGCACACGGACAACAUAACCAGCCUUACUUUUAGCCCUGACAGUAGUUUAAUUGCUUCAGCCUCGAUGGACAAUUCUGUCCGGGUCUGGGACAUCCGUAACACGUACUGCAACGCCCCUGCCGAUGGGUCUUCCAGUGAACUGGUUGGUGUAUAUACCGGACAAAUGAAUAAUGUACUGAGCGUACAGUUUAUGGCCUGUAAUCUUCUUCUAGUGACUGGAAUUGCACAAGAAAAUCAGGAACAUUAAUUUUUUUUCUUUUACUUAGGGAAUUGGGUGGGGGUGUUGAAUGCCAGAGUCCAUUGCAAGCUGAGAUUACUGACUGUGAAACACUUUUCUUCCUCUGUCCCCUUGAAAGGCACAUUCAGAGUGAUGCAAAUGCUUUAAAAUUUCAUGCCCAUAAAAAGGCCUGCGCUAUUAAAUGGAGUAAAGAAAAAGGAGGAGUGAUGAAAAUACGUGUAUAUUCUAAUCCUGUAUUUGUAGGAGAGGAAAAGGGGAAACCAAAAGUGUGAUCCAGACAAGUGAAACUGCCAGCCAGAUAAGCUGCUGACCUGCACUUAAAUGUCCUGCGUUGAUUGAUGGGCACAUCUUAUCUACUGCUAACUGAGGCUUGAGCGUGUGGAGAACUACUGGCCCAGUGUGUUUUGUUUUCUUUUCUUGGUAUUGCAGAGUACCAGCAUUUUAAGACCCUUAUAUUAAAAGAACAUUAUGUAUUUUCUACACUCAUUGCAGUCCCAAAUAUUACAGCUCCUUAUUGCACUUCUGCAAUAUUUUGGACUAGCUAAGCAGAAAAUACCUUCUUUCUUUUUAAUAAGAGGAUGGAAGUCUGACCUUAGUAGAGGCCCGUCUCUGCAUUGUUGUUUUGAGUUUGAUUCCUGGUACUAGCUGUGAUAUUUGUAUUUAUGUUCCAUGAAUGAGGGAUCUUUCUGAAUCUGGUUGCACUGUGUUUUGAGGAUGGGAGAACAGUGAGGGCGGUGGCUUUAAGGGUAAUGCAUGACUUGCUUUGGCUGGAGGAGGGCACGAUGGAACUGAAGAGGCUAAGUUUGAACUCUUACUUGAAGCAAGACAUGUCAGUCUACCACUGCACCUCACAGAAAUAUUUCCGUAAAAGGAAGUUGGCAAUCUAGGAAGAAGGGGACAGGGAGAGAGACAUACACACAAAGUGACAUGAGAAAAAAUAGUAUUACUAAAUUAUUGUGCAUACGCAGAGGCAGCUUUGCCAGUGUUGGAUUUUUCUCCAAAUGUUGCAAUAUCAGUUUCAUGAACACUUUGUGAAAUAAAUCAUCAGCAUUUAAAACAAGGAUCUGCAGAAAAAGCACGUUCUAAUUUGUCACUUAGAGAGAUUAAAUAUUUCUGCUUUCUGGAAAGAGUUAUUUUGUAUUUUGUUUUCUAUUAAAAGCAUUUAGUUUAAAAACAAAAAAAAAAAUUGGUUUGGUCCCUUUCUGGGAAACUUGCUCUAACUUGCAUGGGAAGGAGAUGGCAGGAGCAUGUUUCUACACUGCUUGAGCCAAGGUCUGCUUGGCACCCGGGGUUUGAAUAUGGUGUCUUGGUGGCUUGGAGUUCACUGUAUUCAUAUCUUCCUGUUUGCUUUCCACAGAGGUGACCCAGUAAGUCAUGGCACAGCAUACUGAUUUUGUAGGCCAGCUGAAGUGUGAGCGAAGGACUGAGGUACUGCUUAAGGUGGACACUGUGCACUGGAAGGUCUCAUUGUAUAGGACUGCAUUUUUGGUUCUUGGCUUAACGUUCUGAAAUUCCUCUUCAGAGCAGAGGCACAUUCCUAAUGUCUUCCAGGCAGACUGUCAGAAUUAAAUGAUAAUUCCCUUUUGGCUUCCCUCAGGCUUUUCUGGACCUGUGCGAGAGAAUUCUUUCAAGAACAUCAAAACAGAGUAAGAGUUGAGAUGACAGGACAGCUCGCAACUGCUUUCUUUUUUUCUCUCCAUACCUACUUAGAUUGGUAAAUGACCAUAAUCUUUUAUCAGAAAUAUGUUUGACCUUUCUGAGAUGAGUAACUGUGUGCUGCAGCUCUGCUCUAAGAGGACCAGAAACAACUAUGUAUACCACAAGUCGAAUGGCAUUGCUAAUCUUCUAGUUGUGAAUCAAGUAUGAAGUAGCUCAAAGAUCCCAGUCCAGGAUCAGGCAUUUUGAAAAUACAGCAUAGGAGAUGGGUAAAUUGCUCAUGUGCUGUGCAAUACAGCACUUUUAGAAAGGUUUCUUUCAGAUUUACUGAGCUGCUCACCAGAUGAAAUGCAUUCUAUUCUUGAACUUGCAGUAAUCUCAGUGGUGGUUUUGAGUGUUUUUGAUAGAUUCUGUAGAUUCCAGUCCAAACAUCUCAUUAUUAAAUGUGUCCUAGGGAAGUGCCAAAGUGCUUGCUGCAAUGCUUGCAUGCAUACUUAAAAAGCACAAGACUCAUCAGUCUUUACUGGAAUUCAUUUGCUGUUUGUUGCCAUGUAUCCUGAGUUGAGUUUUAAAGCAGUUGGAUUUGGGUCCUGAAGUAGGUUGAACAGCAACAACAAAAAAAAAAAGGCAGAU